UUUUGGAUUUCUGUGGCAUUUUUGGAGGAUUCCAGUUCUCAAUUUGAGGAGCUUGGAAAUGGCUUCUUCGUAUCACUCUCCAGUUACAUCACCUGCAACAACUGUUUCGGAUCUUCUUCAAAGUUCGAGAAAUGGUGUCAAUGGUGUUCCUUUGAAAUCCCUGGGUAGAUCGCGGUUUGGGCUUGUGCGGAGGGAUUUUACUGUCAAUGCGAAGAUUAGGAAGGUGAAGAAGCAAGAUUAUCCAUGGCCAGAUGAUGCAGACCCUAAUGUCAAAGGUGGAGUACUAAGUCAUCUUUCACAUUUCAAGCCUUCGAAAGAGAGGCCCAAGCCAGUCACUUUGGAGUUUGAGAAACCACUUGUGGAUCUGGAGAAGAAGAUCAUUGAUGUGCGAAAAAUGGCGAAUGAAACUGGUCUGGAUUUCAGUGAUCAGAUUCUCUCAUUGGAGAAUAAGUACCAACAGGCGUUAAAGGAUUUAUACACACAUCUGACCCCAAUACAACGUGUGAAUAUUGCUCGUCAUCCUAACAGGCCAACUUUUCUUGACCAUGUGUUGAACAUCACCGACAAGUGGGUUGAACUCCAUGGAGAUCGAGCAGGUUAUGAUGAUCCUGCUAUUGUUACUGGUAUUGGAUCCAUAGGUGGUAGAAGUUAUAUGUUCAUGGGUCACCAAAAAGGAAGGAACACUAAAGAAAACAUUCAGCGCAACUUUGGAAUGCCUACUCCGCAUGGUUACCGGAAGGCUGAACGUAUGAUGUAUUACGCUGAUCACCACAGACUCCCUAUUAUCACUUUCAUUGACACACCAGGGGCAUUUGCAGACCUUAAAUCAGAGGAACUGGGCCAAGGUGAAGCUAUAGCCCACAAUUUGAGGACCAUGUUCGGUCUGAAGGUCCCAAUUGUCUCUGUUGUUAUUGGAGAAGGUGGUUCUGGUGGUGCUUUGGCCAUAGGUUGUGCGAAUAAAUUACUAAUGCUUGAAAAUGCAGUUUUCUAUGUUGCCAGCCCAGAAGCUUGUGCGGCGAUCUUGUGGAAGAGUGCCAAAGCUUCUCCAAAAGCCGCUGAGAAGCUGAAGAUAACUUCUAAAGAGUUGUGCAAGCUGAAAAUUGCAGAUGGCAUCAUUCCAGAACCAGUUGGUGGCGCACAUGCUGAUCCUUCUUGGACCUCACAACAGAUAAAAUUUGCAGUUGUUGAAGCAAUGGAUGAGCUCCUUAAAAUGGACACUCCAGAACUGCUAAACCAUCGGAUGCUUAAGUUCCGUGGUAUUGGUGGGUUUCAAGAAAAACUCCCAGUAGAGCCUGAGAAGAAAGUCAACAUGAAAAAGAAAGAUGUACCCCUUGUUCAAAAAGGAGAGAUUGGAGGAACUCCCCAUGUUGAAUUGGUAGAAGAGGUUGAAAAGCUGAAACAGGAAAUUCUAAAAGCCAAUGUGUCAUCUACCAAGCCUCCAGAGUUCGAUGUAAAUGAGAUGAUAUUGAAACUGCAAAGGGAGGUUAACCAAGAGUUUUCUGAGGCAGUUAGAGCCCUGGGUUUAAGAGGCAGGCUUGAGACUAUACGGGAUGAGUUUACAAAAGCUAGAAGUUCAUCUAACCAACUAAUUGAUAUAGGUCUGAAGGACAAGAUUGGAAAGCUUAAGCAGGAGCUCAACCUGAGCUUAUCACAGGCCCCAAAUUAUGCUAGCUUGAGAACUAAGCUUGAUAUGCUGAAGGAACUAUCUGAAGCCAAGGAACUCUCCAAGCAGAAUGAUCAAACAAUAGCAUUGAAGCAGGAAAUCAAUAAGAGAUUCAAAGAGGUCAUGGAUCGGUCAGAUGUAGAAGAGAAGAUUGAGGCACUUAAAGCUGAAAUGGCAAAUACUAGGUUGUCCAGUGACAGGAAUCUAGAUCAUGGACAGAAGGAGAAAAUCAUGAAGGUGAAAAAGGAGAUAGAAUUGGAAUUGGCUGAUGUCCUCAAGUCCAUGAAGUUUGAUGUAAUCGCAGUGGGAUCAAAAGCUAAAGACUCCAGUGAGCAAACAUCAUUCUUGGACUUACAGGUCAGAGUAGAUGAAUUCAAUGAAGAAAUAAGCAAAACAAUAGAAGAUGCUAUAAACUCAUCAGAUCUAAAGAAUAAGAUAGAAACGCUGAAGCUGUUGGUGGCAAUGGCUGGAAAGACACCUGACAUGGAGUCAAAAAAUAAGAUUGAGGCUCUAAAUAAACAAAUCAAGCAGAGCCUUGCAGAGGCUAUAAGCUCCUCACAAUUGGUAGAAAAGCACGAAAAGCUGAAGGCCGAGAUUGCAAAAGCCAUUGAAUCUGGAGGACUUAAUGGAAGUUUGAGCGAGGAACCCCUAAAACACUCCUUUGCUUAAUGGGUUGUCCUUUGCUUAUGAAUGAUGAGCGAAAUAGCAAAUGGUGAUUCACUGCAAAUGCAAAAUUUUGUGUUAUACUGCAAGCUAAGCUUUCUCAACAAGAACAUCAAGCUGUACCACUCUUUCUACAUUUUGUCUCCUGUGUUUCUCAGCUGUUUCCUGUCCUCAACCUCAAGAAAAAUUGUUUUUCCCUUCAACUAGAAAAGUUUCACAAUAUGGAAUUUUGGGGUUAGGACCUGUAAAAUAUUUGCUUCUUUACAUUUUAUUUUGCUUUACAGUUCACUACAUUUUGUCUUGAUGUGAUUU